GAGUGAGCCCUCUCUGCAUCGCCACGCUCUCUGGUUACAGUUUGUUUGCAUGGCGCUGAUAAUCCGGAGUGUUGGAACAAAAUCGCACAUUUUCUGCAGCUGUGUGGGGAGGUUGUCUUCAGCUGAACAUCGGUUGUUCUGGUCUGCGAGAGGAAGAGCUCAAGCCUGCAAAGACUUCACUUCAUCUACCUCACACUCAGGGUCCACGAUGAGCAAGAAGAAGGUGCUGGCUGACGUGGACUGCGGGACGGACGAUGCUCAAGCCAUCAUGUUGGCACUGGCCGCCCCCAACGUGGAGCUACUGGGUGUCACGUGCGUGCACGGUAACACGGCGGUGGAGAAUGUGUGUAAGAACACACUGCGAGUGUUGCAAGUCUGCAAUAAACUGGAGAUUCCAGUGUUUAAAGGAGCUGCCAAGCCCAUCCUCGGAAACAGCAUCAGUGCGGGACACUUCCACGGGCUGGACGGGCUGGGAGACGCUCCCGACCCCAACGCCCCCGCUGUUGACCUGGUUCAGAAGGAGGGCGCCGUCUCUGCUAUGAUCAGGAUCGUCAAUGAGAACCCAGGAGAGGUAUCUCUUGUUGCCACGGCGCCGCUCACCAACCUGGCUCUGGCUGUGAAGAUGGAUCCAUCUCUACCGAGCAAACUCCGAGGACUCUACAUCAUGGGAGGCAACACUGAAUCUCGAGGAAACACCACCGUCUGUGCUGAGUUUAAUUUCGCUGCUGAUCCAGAAGCUGCGUACAUCGUACUGAACGAGUACAACUGUCCCACAUACUUGGCCUGCUGGGAGUUUACCUGCUACAGCAAGCUGUCCUGGGAGUUUUGUGACGCCUGGUUGGCGCAGGACACCGACAAAGCUCGCUUCAUGGCCCGGAUCUUCGGCCACAGCAUCGAGGCGUCGCGAAGCGAGCGCUGCGAGAAAGAGUUCGUCGCCGGCACGGGUUUCGUCUCCUGCGACUCGUACGCCAUGGCAGCCGCCGUCGACGACUCAUUCGUCUUAGAGAGCGACGAGUAUCCGGUCAGCGUGGAGCUGGCAGGCACACACACCAGAGGCAUGAUGGUAGUGGACACUGUGGGGUUCAUGAAGAAGAGUCCUAAGAAGGCGUUUAUCAUUAAGAAGGUGGAUAUGAAGAAGUUUGAGCACAUGAUGAUGGCUGCUUUAAAAUAACAGCUCGGCACAUUUUCAGUGAAGUUUUCCCCGUUUAGUUAUUCUUCUUUUAUGGUUCUAUGCUUAGAGAAUUAUUCCUCUGUUUGGGUUUUUUAUAACAA